GGAUUACAGAAGAAACAUAAUUCAUAGCCAGCAACAUUGUUCCCGGGAAGCACAACUUCUCGUGAUGUCUACCGAAACCGAGGCAUGGUUCAAAAAUGAGGUGCAUUUUUGGCGAUGUCUUAACUUUAUUAAGUACUUGCUGAUAAUUCAAGAACUAUUCACACCCUUCGCAAUCAUCGUCUUGCACUUGAGCAUUUGGCAUCCUUUUGCAGGAAUUUUCGAUUGGUUUGCAUCAUUUUUGAGCGUUCAACGGUUAUGCUACCACUUUGCACUGAUAUCGGUGACCCUGCUGUUGGCAUUUCACCAUGCUAUCUUCUUCGAAGUGUCACCAGUGGUGCACUCGACACGACUUGGACAGAUUUGGCACAGCGUCAAUCCUCACAAUUUAGUCAAGACUAUCAUCUACGGCAUACUGGGUGGCACGGCUGUUCGCGCGUUCCUGGGAUUGUCAAGUGGCCCUUUCGGAGAACUGGUCGUGCCUUGCGGAGCUGAAGGAGACGGCCAGUGUCUGAAUGAAGCUCACUUCUUUCUUGUGCUCCAUGGCGUCUUCACAGCAAUUGCUUUCCACAUCUCCUACGUUGUACGAGGACGUUGCUACGUGCCCUUUCCUGUGAUACAGCUAUCCAAGUUUGUCCGGAUGAACGUUGGUUCUCUACUUUGGAGGGCGACUAUCGACGCACUGAAAAACAUUUACAUAUUCUAUGUGCUGUACUACAUCCUUGGCUCAGCCCCGCAUAACUGGAUUGUGAGAAGCCUCGGAUUACAUGCUGGGGACGAUAGUCAGCUGAGAAGCCUCGGAGGGCUUUUGAACUUCAAGCUAUUCUGGGCUGCGUGGUGGACAGCAGCUGUGCUUCGCUUCGCUUGUGAGCUGACUGUUACACUGCGGAAUAUCUUCUUUACAGAGAGGCUGCAGUUUCCAGUGGAAGCCACAUUUAAAGAAGAACAGCCGCAGCAGUUGAUAAACGUUUUGCGUUGCAAAAACAGCCCGCUCCUUCAGUGCCUGGGAUUCCUGGAUUUUCGGUUCCUCGCAGAACAUUCUCCGCAGAGAAGGGCGCAGAUAUUUUCUGUCAGUAGUCCAGGUGGCCACCCGCUACACUGGAAUGCAUUUUCUGGCGAAUGCCUCGCUCUCAUUCGUGAAUUCACCAAGUCCCUGGUGACUGCUAUCCAGCCACCUCAGUCUUCACCUCCUGCCAAGGCACCAGCGUCAGUGGGAACUCCGUCGCGAGACCAGACUGUCCGGUUCCGAAAACUGGCUCCAGAAUGGGGCACACAUUGCAUUACAGGGUCUGGAACACCUGGCCCAUUUUCUCCCAUGAAGCCUGAACCACCUGCGCAGAGCCUAUUCGCUAUGCUUGUAGAGAAACUCUGGAAGCAGCCGUUGGUGGCAUACUUCACGGCGGACUUGCCAGAAGCAAGGAGCAAAAAGUUGUUCGCCGAGUGCCAGCCACUUGUUUGGGCUGUGGAAGGCUUUUGUCUGCUCAUACGUGCAUCGUACAAGGAAGACAAGUUUGGAGUGGUGCAGACCACCCUGUCCAAUACCCUCUCUGCUCUGCUUGAAUUGGACCAGGUCCUGGAUAGACAUAACAAAGGGUCGUCUGGCAUUCGACGCGCUCCUGGCAUCGUCCUCAGUCGAGAUGUGCAACUCAGGAAGGCACUGGGAUCUGCAGUUAUCUCUGGAAUCUAUCAGAUUGUCACGACAUUUGGAAAACAUCUGAGGAGUGUGACACUGAGUGAAGAACAUUCUCGAAGGCUAGCACAGUUUGCGGAAUUUGGCAGAUGAGGAAAACCCCGAGUGAAUGAAUGAAGAAUGUGCAUUGAUUUUUUGUGUUUGUGCCACACAUUGUCACGUUUCAGUAGAUGCAAAGCUUGCAUUUGCCUCGUCUUCAUUAUCCAUCAAGAAGCCAUAAGACGGUCUCUACAGUACCUACUAUAAAGAGUCAUCAACCA